UCGUUGCCUCGGCCAAUUGGUGCUGAUCUCCGUGUCACACGAACGGACUCGUUUUAUAGCUCUAACCCCAACAAAUAUCCAAAACCCAAAUCAUUGUUUUUUUCGCCUUCCAUUUAAUAGUGACGAGAGUAGAGUGAAUGAGAAUUGUUCUUCAUUAGUCGUCCAUUUCGUUCAAAUCCCUUCGAUUUCUUGCUCCAUUUCUGCUGUUGGGAUAGACGGAAUUGUGAUAAUGGAAGCGAAUGAUUCCAGAGUAGGAUCCCAGAAAUUACUGGAACCAUUGAAGAGACUCCCAGAAGAAAACAUCCUGGAAAUCCUUGGGAAGUUACCAUUGAGAGAUCUCAUGGUGUUCAGGUGUGUUUCCAAAUUUUGGUGCUUCCAACUUGAUAAUAAUCCCGAAUUUGUUCGCAUGACUAAGAAUAGUUAUAGCGUGAUGCUUAUACUUGACGGCAGAACAUGCUCUUUGGAUAUUAAUACACUGACAUCUUCGUCGUUAUCUGAUGGUGGUUUUAAAGUAUGUGCUGAGAAGAUUCGUCGCCCAAUGGUUCCCUUGGGAUGGCAUCUUGAGCUAACAAAUUUUGUGGGUUCUUGUAAUGGCUUGUUUUUCAUGUAUAUGUAUAAUAAUCAUGAGAAGCCGGUUUGUUUAUGGAAUCCAUGUACUAAUGAGAUUAGAUAUCUACCAAGAUCUGGAUUUCAUGGGAUUGAAGAGAGGGCGAUCUGCGCCUUUCGGAAAGGACAUGGGUUUGGUUAUGACUCAAAGAGUGAUGAUUACAAGUAUGUGCGUAUUUUCUACUAUCCUAGUCAACGCGAAGGAUCUGAAGUGCACGUUUAUUCGUUUAGAACGAAUACGUGGAAGCAAAUGUAUGUCCCAUAUGUACUCACCAAUGUGGAUUCAGACAGGGCUCCAAAUGGGAUAUUUUAUAAUGGAGCUCUUCAUUGGUUUGCAGAAAAGAUUUCAUCAUAUUGCGUCACGGUGUUAUUAGCUUUCGAUAUGACAGAGGAGAGUGUAAGAGAAAUUCCACAACCAGAAAAUCCGGGUUUCAAACAAUUUGGUAUCAAAUAUAUUGAUGUGUUGAAUGGGUGUCUUUGCAUUCUUUGUAGUAAUUCUGCUGGUUUCCAAGUAUGGCUAAUGAAUGAUUAUGGAAUGAGAUAAUCGUGGACAAUGAUAUAACAUUUCAGGACUGACAGUACUUAAAUUUAAAUCACUUGUGGACUUGAAGAGGAUUGAGUCUUUAAAAACUGGCGAGCUUGUACUUGAGGUUCAUGCUCAGGAGUGUUGGACUACUGCAGCUUUGGUGUUGUAUGAUCCGAAGAAUGAAACGGCUACAGUUUUGAAGCUUCGUAAGCAAUUGGGGCAUUCAAAAUUAAGAUCACUACACUAUCCUAUAGGUACUCGAAGAGCUUUGUUAAACUUAACUCGUGCUCUCAGGUAGGGGAAGACUCUGAAACCAACAACGAUGACGUUGAU